UAGAGUUUUCCUGGAAAAUGGAGGAGGUGCUGGCAAGUGGGAGUGAGAUAACUGUAUUCAUGAGAUCAUAGUAGUUCUUGGUUACAGUUAAAAGCUCUGAACAUGUAACAUGGUAUUACGCUGAUGAUGGCUGUUAUUAUUUUGAGAAUGAGAGUCCGGUGAGCAAUCACUCCAGUAAACUAGUCUUUAUUAACUGUUUGUUCUCCACCCAUUCUUAGAGCAGGUUUCCUGAAAGAAGUGUGUGUUAGACUGGAAAGUUGAUAAGUGAGUGGGAAGUAGAGUGUGUAGUGUGGCCCACAUCUCACCAUGGCCAGGUCAAGACACACUUAGAAGGGGGAGUAUAAAGAUAGUGAAUAAAGAAAAGAGGCUGGCAAGAGGAAAACCCUGCAGUGAGCGGUGAGGAGACAAAUGAAUGCUCAAGAGGAACAAAAGGAAAUGAGAAAGGAAAGAAGACAAUGCUAGAAUGCUUUACUUUAGGUUCAGCUUAAUUCUCCUCCCUGAAAUUAUGCCCUGGCCUCUUUGGAAGAUUAUGCUGGUGUCCUCUUGUAAGCGGGGCCUGCACUAGGUGAUGCUGACACUGCUGGUUCAGGGACCACGCUUGGAGAACCACUACACUAGGGCAAGCAGGAAAAGAGUCCUCCUUCUGGAACUGAAGCAGGCAGUGUGAAGACCCAUGUGGAGCACCUUAACCCGCAGCCUCUCUGACCAUCCAGUUGGCAAAGACCCUCAGGCCAUGAGGACUGGCCAAAGACAGUGAGAGGACGUGCAAGGGUAAAUUCCUGAGCCCCGCAGUCUUAUUUCCUGCCCUGACGUCCCUGCAUACCAGCCCAAGCGUUAACCGUAAGCGGAUGCCUGUAUGGCGGCCUUACUGAUGCCACGCAGGAACAAAGGGAUGAGGACUCGACUGGGAUGCCUGUCUCACAAGUCAGACUCGUGUAGUGAUUUCACAGCUAUUCUUCCAGACAAACCCAACCGCGCUCUCAAGAGAUUAUCCACAGAAGAAGCUACGAGGUGGGCAGAUUCCUUUGAUGUGCUUCUCUCUCAUAAGUAUGGGGUGGCUGCAUUCCGUGCCUUCUUGAAGACGGAGUUCAGUGAGGAGAACCUGGAAUUCUGGUUGGCCUGUGAGGAGUUCAAGAAGACCAGGUCAACUGCAAAACUGGUCUCUAAGGCCCAUAGGAUCUUUGAGGAGUUUGUGGAUGUGCAGGCUCCACGGGAGGUAAACAUUGACUUCCAGACCCGAGAAGCCACGAGGAAGAACCUGCAGGAGCCAUCCCUGACUUGCUUUGACCAAGCCCAAGGAAAAGUACACAGCCUCAUGGAGAAAGACUCUUACCCCAGGUUCCUGAGGUCCAAAAUGUACUUAGAUCUGCUGUCCCAAAGCCAGAGGAGGCUCAGUUAGACCUCAGAAGGGAACUCCUGGAAAUCACCAGCUUUCCCCUCCACUUGCUGCCAAGAUCAUAUUCUAAUGUGAAAUGUCAUAGGUGUUCAAAAGCGGUGGCAUUGGGGGUGGGAGGCUGGGGGUGAGGAAGGAAUGAAGGGCCAUUCCAAAGUAUGACCCAGCUGCCAGAGCUUGGACUCUAUUCCAUUUACCCACGUUUAUGUUUUGGUUAGUGGUAGCGCCUUGCCGCUGUCACCCUUUUCUGGGUCAGCAACUUGCCCUUCAUAUAAUGCCUUGGGUCACCUCUGCUGAGAGGGCAGAUUUGCUGUGCUAGGCUAAUCUGUAAAUAAUGCAAAUGCAAUUCCCACCACCUCCACACCCUCCUCGGUUAGGAUUCCUGACUGUCCACUUGUUGUAAAUCCCUGGGAGGAAUAGCUGAAAGACUUGGGCUCAACUCUGUGAUUUGUAGUGGCCAGCUCUGCUCACUGGGAUCUCACAGCUUAGGAGAGAGGUUUCUGUGGAAUUCCAGGUUUCUAGUUCUGUCAUUGACAGGUGACCUCUCAGAGAAGGAGUGAAAUCCAUGGAGUUGUUUGUUUCUUCCAUUUCCAUUGGACCAGUGUGAAAAACUGUGAUUACUUCCCAUCUUGGCCUAGGAAAUUCACAAGACUACCCUAACCUUACAUUUCCAGAAAGAGUCUUGGGUGAUGUUCUUCAUGACUUCUGAAGUGGAACUGCCAUUAAGAAAGAUACAGCUUGCAAAUCUUCCUCAAUUCUACGAAGAACUUUUCCAGAAGUCAAGAGACGAGGGCAAGUAGCACCAGUAGACUUCUAUUCAAAGGGGUACCAUGUAACCUGUCUGUUGCUCAGUGUCUUCUCUGCCCUCACCUCUCUGCAGCAUCAUACAUCACUGAUGUCUUAGGAUGACAGCUUGGCAAAGGAAGGUGAAUUCCUAUAGCAUGGAGUGCUCCCAUGGUGCCUAAUACUUUCCCUGUAUCUCCACCUCCCCCCUUCCAUGCCGGUCAUGUAAUUAUGAUGGGGGAGAAUGGGAAUUUAGGCUGAAACUCUUUCCAGCAUACUUCCUGGGAAAAUGCUUUCUUAGAAAGAUCUCUCUCUUGGAUACUAUGAAGCAGCUUCUUUCUUGAUCUUUGACCUUUUGGAAUUGAGCAUGAAAUAGGAGGUGUGGCUAAGAAGAUCACUGUGAACAUCUGGACGUGGAGAACCUUCCUAAAAUGCUUUCAUGGUACCCUGCAGCUGCUCUUGGAAAUGUGUCAGGCAAUUCUUCCUUGGAGGAUGAGUGAGCAGCCUGGAACCUACUCUAGCCACCCAGGAAAAAGCUGACUUUGGCACAAGACUAGUGCCCAGGAGAUGAACCUUUAGCAGAGAGACCGGAAAGUGAAAGAGGGGCAUGUAAGAGGCUGGUUUCCAGGUGGAGAGGAUAACAGAGUGGAGUUACUAAUUGGAAUAAUUCACGACCAGUGGAUUUGGAUUCAUUGCAGAUCUACAAAACGUUCAGCUUGACUAAGUGGAACAGCACAUGAUUAGGCAUAAGCUCUGGAGUGCAGACAAUUGAGAACUGGGCUGAACCAUUCUCCUUUUAAGGGGUGAGGGGCCUUUUAACGUUAUGCUGGUGGCGUUCUAGUGCUUGUGUUCCUCUCCAGUAACUUUGAGAAUCUCUUCCUUUUUUAGCUAUAGCUAGACCAGGCCAAGAAAGCCCUUGAGUCCCACUAGUGCUAGGGCCACUGCACUGCUACAGCACAUUGUUAUCUGUGAGUGAGGGUGGGUGUGACCGUGUGAACCUCAAGGGGAGAGAAGAACACAUGUCUCCUAGCCCUCACAGACACCGAAAAGACCUGUGGAAUUUUGUGUUUGAGAACUCCAAAGCCUCAAAUGGGUGUUCCUAGUUAGAUCAGGUAGUAUCCUCCUAACCGUGGUUAAAAAAACAAAUCAUUCUUUCUUAGAUAAAGCUGCCAGAAUUAAUUUAAUGAUUAAAUUCUCUAACAGGGUAUUUUAAACAUUGUUUACAUAUGAAAUGUGCAUCUGCUGCCAACUCUACUGUCGAAUAUGAGGUGCAUAUCAAUUGGAACUGCACAGAGUUAUAGAAAUGUGAAACAUUCUGAAAGGGGCUUUUUCUCCACUUCCACUAUUCCAAGGAGAAAAGCCUGAACAAGAGUGUCGUGCGAUGGCCUCAUAGAGAGGCCUAGAGUUCUUGCCAACUAUUGAGGAAACGAAGGCUGCAGAUGGUGGUGUCAUGGCGCCCUGGUGACUUCCUCCCACAAUGGGGAGGUGUGAAAGACCAAGCUUGGGGAUCCUGAAUUUUGCAGCUAAGCAAGGGUAUGUGGGCAUUUGUCCAUGUGUAGAGGAACGUGAUAGCUAAAUUUAUGGUACUCCUGUGGAGCGUCUCUGUGUGUUUGUGUGUGUGUGACAACUGUGAGCAUUAGACUAGUACACGGCAGACAUGAUCUUCCCGUGGGGUGGAGCUUUCCUCAUACCUUGUAUGCCCUGCUUCCCACAAGAGGCACAGAGCUCUCCACUCUGAUGCCUACUUUCAGGCACUCUGGUCGUGCCAACCCAGAUUUUGGUCUGUGAUGAAACAAAGAGAAAUGUUUACAACAUCUAGAGCAAUAUCCAAGCAUACCUCAUCCCUGAGCUUCCAUGUUUCCCAGUCCUGCCCUCUCUCCCAUUGCCUCUUCCGCAAGCCCAUGUCCUUGGGUAUCACUUCCAUUUAUUUCCUGUCUUCCUUGGCUCCUCAAGCCGAGCCUGUGCUGUGGACUUGCCUUCUGGACUUGAGGCUUGCUCAGUCCUGGGCCUAUGCAGGCUCCAGGCAAGCCAGGGCAGGGCAAGUCCAGGCAAGUCUAGGCAGAGCUGUGACUUCUAGAAUUGCUCUCCAUCCCUGAGUGAUCUUGCCCCACUGGAGGGCUAACUUGUUUGGGGGCUGGUGUGAGAUUCGUCAUUGCCCUUGGCAAACUAAAUAGAAUACUGUCAGUAUCAACCAUUCAUGGCCUUGGGCACCUCUGGGGUGAGGAAGAAUCCUCUGAGGCAGUCCUUCUCAUUAAACUUGAGCAUGCACAGGAAUCACCUGGAAAGCCUGUGACAAGUGCUAAUUCCCAGGUGCACACCCAGAGAUGCUGAUCUGAUAGACCUGAGAUGGGGCCCAGAAAUCCACAUUUUUAAUAAGUUCCUAGGUGGCUAGUGGCCUGUGGACUUGGAAAAAAGAUGGUCUUAGACAGAGUCUCACGACCUUGGCUGCUCCUUAGAAUCACCUAGGGAGUUUUUAAAACCCAGAUGUCCAGGUCCCACCCCAGAACAGCCAAAUCAGAAGCUUUUGUUAGAGACCCAGGCAUCAGUCAUUUUUAAAGCUCCACAGGUGAUUCCAAUGUGCAGCUGAACUUAGGAAGCAUUGAGUCUAAGGAGUGAGGAGGAACACAGCGGGGGGGGGGGGGGGGGGGGCUGGGGGAGGGGGGAGACACAGCUGUGUGGGCCAAGGGGGCUGGUGUAUCUCCACAUGCAAGCAUGUAGAUACCGAGGAACCUGGCCAGCCCUGCAGCCUGACUCGGGAUGGCUGCCUCUAUGCCCUCUGCGUCUGACUUGCUCCUUUGAGAUAAAGGUGUUUUGGCCCAAGCUGAGUGCAUUGCUGGGCAGCGGCCAUGCUGAAGGUGGUAGCUGAAGGGACCCUUGAUCGAAAGACGCUCUGCCAUGCUUUCUGAGUCCUGUCUCCUCCAAGCUUGUCUCCUAGGCUGUUUCCCCUGUCUGUUUUCCUGCACCCUUGUGUUUGGCCAUUUUUGCAUUAGGCUGUGUCUCUGUACCCAAGGCCACGUGACAAGGUAGUUGGAACCCCCACUCAAGUGGUGAGUGAAGAGCGUCGUGGUAAUAAUAAUAGUAGUAACACAACUUCCAAAUUUCUCAGUGGAGAGUGUCACGUCCUGGGGGUAUCAAGAUCUGUGAGGCCUUUCCAAGCCCUCACCAUUCCCUCUUUGGUCCCAGGUUGAGUGGGCAGCUGGGAAGGUCCUAGUUGAUUUUAAUCUCCGGUGCUUUCCCCAGAACUGCUGCUCUGAAUAAACCAAAGCUAUGAAAGAGUGUUCUGCGCAGGCUGCGGGCCCAGCCUCUGGGUGCAGGCCCUGGGCACUUGAGCUGAGCAGCUCAGCUGGCUCUGCUGUGAGGGAAAGCCGUGAACUUAACUGUGCUGAGAGCUGGGUGAGGGCAGAAUGGGGAAGACUGAAGAAGAAGGAGCAGGUGGGAGAGACCAGCCGCUAACAUGGUGUCUACUUCUCCGUGGAUCAGAGGAGAAGGGAUGAGUAGCAAAUGCAGAGGCAGGGUGGUCUCCCAGCAACAAGGAUGUCCAGAGUUCUCCUGACCCUGUCUGCACCCACUUCCAUGCAAGGCAGAGGCAUCACAGUUUUCCAUCCCAGGCCACCCUUCACUCUUCCAAGUGUCAGGCCUCUUUAAAUCUGCAUCCCUUUGGGUUAGAAGCAAGAGAGGUGGCAAAGUCUCCCUGGCACUGAGAGCCUGUCCCACCAUGCCACUCGGCAUGAGAUGGUGGAAGAAGAAGCCAAGAGCAGAGAUGCCUUCCUGUCCCCGUGGCCUCUCAGGACUCCACAAGAUGCUGUGGACCAAGAUGAGAGAUUUCAGGAUGGGGCCACUGGCCUUCCUAGGUUGGGCUCUGGGUCCUUUCAAUAAACUGUUCCUUUCCUGAUUCUUACUCCCUUUUGGUCCUUCCACUCCCUUCCCUCUGCCAGGUAUGGAAAAGGUGGCUGGGCUCGGUGUGCGCUCCAACCCCGGUAGCAUUAGCUGAGUCACGCGGCGAGCACACAACAGAUUUGUAGCAGCUCAUCUGCCAUAUAAACCGCUUGGCUGAUGGAGUCCUCAUUGAGUUUUUUCAUUAUCGUGUAAAGUGGAAUCAUGUCAUUCACCUUUACUAUAAACAAGGCUGUGAGAACAUAAUAAACAGAACCUGAACAAGC